AUGUUGAAAAAGAAGUGGACAAUAUAUUUAUUAUUUUUAAUAAUACCAUCAUGCUGUUGCUUUUACGUACCUGGAGUAGCCCCAGUAGAAUUUAAAAAUGGUUCUAGAAUAGAAGUUAAAGCAGUUAAACUUACCAGUAUGAAAACUCAAUUACCUUAUGAAUAUUAUUCGCUUCCUUUUUGUUUACCAAAGAAUGGAACUCUAGUUUAUAAGUCUGAAAAUUUAGGUGAGGUUUUAAGGGGAGAUAGAAUCACAAAUACUCCAUAUGAAGUUUCAAUGGGUGAAAACAUCGAAUGUAGACUUCUUUGCCAUUCUCCUGGAAAACCGAUGAAUUGGAAUGCGGAUGAGUCUAUGAAUGUUAUAUCAAAGAUAAAACAUCAAUAUUAUGUUCAUUUAUUGGUGGACAAUUUACCUGUGGCAACUAGGGUUGUCGACCCCAAAACAUUAGAAGAAACUUUUAAAUUAGGUUAUAAACUUGGCGAAUAUUAUUACAAUAAUGCAUUUAUUUACAAUCAUUUAAAUAUUAUUUUGUAUUAUCAUGCAAAUUCUGAUGGUGAGCAUUUUCGUGUGGUCGGAUUUGAAGUUGAGCCUGUCAGUAUAGAUUUAUUUGAAUAUACAUUUAACAAAAAUAAAUGUUCUUUACCACAAAAUGUAAAAAUAAAACCACAGUCGGUUAUGGCAAAAGGUACUGCAUUAUAUUUUACAUAUUCUGUUAAAUGGAAAAAAUCUGAUGUCGAAUGGGCUUCCAGAUGGGAUAUUUAUUUAACAAUGAAAGAUGUAGAUAUCCAUUGGUUUUCUAUAUUGAAUUCUCUCGUAGUUGUUUGCUUUUUAUCUGGAAUUUUAACAAUGAUAAUAAUUAGAACUCUAAGAAAGGAUAUAGCUCGUUAUAAUGCUGAUGACGGUCCUGACGAAGCUAUCGAAGAAACAGGUUGGAAAUUAGUACACGGUGAUGUAUUUAGACCCCCUAAAUAUCCAAGAUUGUUUGCGGCGGUUGUAGGAACUGGAGUUCAAAUAUUCGUUAUGUGUUUUAUAACAUUAUUUUUUGCCAUGUUGGGUAUGUUGUCACCUGCUUCCAGGGGAGCUUUAAUGACCGCAGCCAUUUCCUUGUACGUUUGCUUGGGAGUAGUUGCAGGAUAUUACUCUGCAAGAAUUUACAAAACUUUAAAAGGACGUGACUGGAAACGUGCUGCAUUUUUAACGGCGACAUUGUAUCCUAGUAUAAUUUUCGGAACGUGUUUUUUCCUUAAUUUUUUCAUUUGGGGAAAACAUUCAUCGGGUGCCGUUCCGUUCACAACAAUGAUCUCACUUUUGUGUCUUUGGUUCGGCAUAUCAUUGCCAUUAGUUUACGUUGGCAGUUAUUUCGGCUACCGUAAAAUUUCUUAUCAGCAUCCUGUUCGAACGAAUCAAAUUCCACGACAGAUACCUGAUCAACCGUGGUACAUGCAUCCCGUGUUAUCAACACUAAUGGCAGGAAUCCUUCCGUUCGGUGCCGUUUUUAUAGAAUUAUUUUUCGUAUUGACUGCCAUAUGGAAAAAUCAAUUUUAUUAUUUAUUCGGAUUUUUAUUUUUGGUUACAUUGAUAUUAGUUAUUUCUUGCUCACAAAUCUCAAUCGUUAUGACGUAUUUUCAAUUGUGCGGAGAAGAUUACCAUUGGUGGUGGAGAAGUCUUUUCGUGUCGGGUAGUUCGGCUUUUUACGUUUUGGCAUAUUCUAUAUUUUAUUUUUCAAACAAUUUAGAAAUAACGGAAUUUAUUCCCACUCUAUUAUAUUACGGUUACACAUUUCUAAUGGUUUUAACAUUUUGGCUUCUCACGGGUACGAUUGGAUUUUUCGCGGCUUAUACUUUCAUUAAAAAAAUUUACAGCGCCGUUAAAAUUGAUUAA